AUGGAGAUUAAGGCAUUUUUCGUGGGAUUACUCUUAGUCACCAUUUUGAUAUCAUCUGCUAAUCCUAGUUUAGCAACAAAAAAUUACGACGAACCCUUGGUGGAUCCUGACACCGAUUUAUCUAAGCAGCUUGCAAGUUGGCCUACUUCAGGUGAAUACAAUAAAGAUAUGUUAAGCAAAGAAUCAGUGAAAUACAUGGAAUUCGUUGAAUAUUGCGCUGAGAAAAUGGGAAUUAAGUGUAAUGAAGAAGUGCUGGAAGGGAUUCUUCAAAACAAAGCUGUUUCGAAAAAUUGCUGCAAGAAAGUAGUGGAACUCGAGUUAGAUUGUCACCUGGCAAUUACAGAUAUAGUCUUCAAGUUGUACAAACUCAAACGUUUUGCUCCCAAGAGUCUUUCCAGGAGUUACAAAGUUUGGAACAGAUGUUCUGCUCAAAUUGUAUCUCCCGUGCCAUUUUCUGGUUAA